AUGUCCGCUGACAUUCCCACAAAGUUCACCGGCCAUGCCGCCAUGGGCCCUCAGGACGAGAAGAGCUUCGCUCUUGAGGAGCACGCCUACACGCCGCGCAAGUUUGACGACGACGACAUUAUCAUCAAGAUCGAGUGCUGUGGUAUUUGCGGCACCGACGUGCACGUCAUCACCUGCGGCUGGGAGAAGCACGACCGCUUCCCCGCCAUUGUGGGCCACGAGAUCGUUGGCCGCGUUGUCAAGGCCGGUCCCAAGUCUGGACACAAGGUCGGCGACCGCGUCGGCUACGGCGCCGAGUGCGGCUCCUGCCGUGAGUGCGGCAACUGCAAGAACAACCUCGAGAACUACUGCCUCAAGGGCAACCGUGGCACUUACCAGGGCAAGACAAACGACUCGGUUCAGCCCUACACCCAGGGUGGCUACGCCGACUACUACCAGGCUUCGGGACACUUCGCUAUCCCUAUCCCCGAUGAGCUCGACAGCGCCGUCGCUGCGCCCAUGCUCUGCGCUGGCGUGACCGUCUACUCUCCCCUCAAGCGCUGGGGCGCCGGCCCGGGCAAGAAGGUUGGCAUUGUCGGCAUCGGCGGCCUGGGCCACCUCGGCGUCCAGUUUGCCGCCGCCCUUGGCGCUGACACGUACGCUAUCUCGCACUCCAACUCCAAGAAGGAGGAUGCUAUCAAGCUUGGCGCCAAGGGCUUCGUCGCGACUGCGGACAAGGAGGCCGCUCUCGCCGAGCACGGCAACUCGUUUGACAUCAUCAUCGUCACUUCCUACCAGGAGGACAUGCCGCUCUCCGAGUUCUACCUCCCGCUCCUCAAGAUCGGAGGCAACAUGGUCAUUGUCGGACUCCCCAACUCCGGCCUCCCCAAGGUUCCCAGCCGCCCGCUCUUCGGCAAGUCCCUCUCUGGCUCGCUCAUUGGCUCGCCUGCUGAGCUGCGUGACAUGUUCAAGCUGGCCGUUGAGAAGGGUGUCAAGACCUGGAUCGAGACCCGCCCCAUGAAGGAGGCCAACAAGGCUCUCAACGACUUCGCCGCCGGCAAGCCCCGCUACCGCUACGUUCUCGUCAACGAGAACUAG